UUUUAUUUCGCAGAUUUCUUGCAACAGACAGAAAAAUAUUGUAAUUUUUUGUGGAUUACAUUUACGGGAUUAUACUAUGAACACGUUUUUGUUUCACGAUAUUCUCUUAAUAACCAGUUUAUUUUCAUUAUAAUUGAAAUCACAAAUCCUCAUUUUCACAGGGAAAUUAUCCGCGACGCUCUUGGGGCAGACGACGAUGACGUUGUGAUAUUUGCUGGAAGUGGCGUAACCGGUGCUGUACAUAAACUCAUUUCUGUUUUGGAUUUACCUAAACCUCCGGUUGUUUUCUGUGGCCCAUUUGAACAUCAUUCUAACUUGUUGCCAUGGCGAGAAAUGAAUAGUCAAGUUGUCAACAUAAGCAAAUCAGCUGACGGUAGAAUAAACCUGUGACAUUUAGAGAUUGCUUUGCGAGCCUGGGCAAACUCCGGAAGACCGCUGAUAGGAACUUUUAGUGCCGCCUCGAAUAUCACUGGUAUUACAACGGAUACUCGAAAGGUUGCUGCAUUACUUCACAAAUAUGGCGCGAUAUCACUGUGGGAUUAUGCGACGGCAGGACCUCAUAUGGACAUUCAAAUGCACCCAGAGCCAAUUGGAAAAUAUAACACUUCGAAAGAUGCUGUGUUUAUAUCCAUGCAUAAAUUUGUUGGGAGUCCAGAUGCUCCAGGUUUACUUAUCGCAUCGAAGCAUCUAUUUCGAAACGCCGUCCCUUCAAGAUGCGGUGGCGGAACUGUUUUGUUCGUAUCAGAAAACGGUCAUCGCUAUUUAAAAGACAUUGAAUCACAAGAAGAAGGUGGUACACCUGCAAUCGUAGGCUCUAUUAGAGCGGGAUUAGCAUUUAAGCUCAAAAUGUCGGUGGGAUGCGACGUUAUCAUGAAGCGUGAAACUGAACUUUAUGCAAGAGCAAUGGAAGUGUGGAAAGAUAUACCAGAACUGGAGAUUCUUGGAAUCCUGAACGAAAAAUUAUCAAUACAUAUUCAAAAUGAGCAUAGACUUGCAGUUUUUUCUUUUCUAAUAAGAAACGUUAAUAGUGGAUACUACCUACAUUACAACUUUGUUGCCGCUUUACUGAACGACUUGUUUGGAAUACAGUCAAGAGGAGGUUGUGCUUGUGCUGGAGUAUAUGCUUUACAUCUAUUAGGAAUUGAUCGCGUAGCCGAGAAGAAAUUCGAAGGAAUUUUAAUUGAAGAUCCGGAGAGAACAAAAACGCGUACGCGACAUGACACUGAGAAGACAGAAUAUGAAGUAUUGAGGCCAGGAUUUACCCGUCUGAAUUUCACUUAUUUUUUGUGCGACGAAGAUGCUGAUUUUAUCAUAAGUGCUGUAUCAAUGAUAGCAAAGCUCGGCUGGACAUUGUUACCUCAAUAUCAGUGUGGUGUACGUUCUGGGGAGUGGAAACAUACUGAGUACAUCGAUGAACUUUCGUGCAAAAAGCUUGACGAUCUAUCUUUUCGUCCCAAUGGCUUACACUCUUCUCAAGACCGACAGCCACUUACAAUAAAAAAAGGAUUACCAACUUCUCGAAUAGACUGCUUGAAACGAGCUGAAAGAAUAUUUUUUAAUGCCAAGCAGAUUGUCGGUAAGGACGUCGAAGACCAAAGACCAAAAUACGAAAAUUCUAGUGUUCGAGAUAUGAGAUGGUUUAUGCUCCCUUAUGAAGCACAAUGCAUAUUGAAGGGCAAAAAAAUUGAUAAAAAAUCAAAACUCAUCUUUCGCACGAGAAGAAAAUUUACGCAACUAACAGAAGAAGAAAUUGAGAAAAAUGUAUCGAAUAAUGUUCCUCUUUGUCAGCGUAAUGGAAUAAUUAAUCCAAACCUAAUUUCUGACAGCAAUAAAAUUAUAGGCCAGACAGUAAACAGUUUGAAACAUGACGAAAAUGCUAAUCCAAGAUAUAGCAUAAACGAAAUAGGGUCGAAUAAUAAUGUUACAAAGUCAGAGAAAAGGGCAUUUGAAAAGUUUUGGAGCGCAUUGACUUGCAAAAGUAAAACAUCUGUUGAUAUCAUACAAUAA